UUCUUCUCAUUUUGGAGUCGUUGGGUUGGUCCAAAAGAGGGGAAGGAAAAGAAGAAACAGAAAAUUAUCCGAGAAUUUUUCUGGCCUUCAUUGUUCCUCCCUCUGUCCCCCACACAGUUUCGUUUCGUCUGUCAAGCGAGACCGCAGAACCACAGAUCGACGGGGGGAAUCCGGCGGCAAAACAAUCAGAGGUUGAACAUAAUGGCAAUGGCGUUGUCGUGGAAUCAUCUCAGUGCCUAUCAGAAGGCACCGUCAUCUCUCCAAGUAGUGUGCAGAAAGAAAGAACGAGAUAGAGGAGGAGAUCAAAUCCAUCCUUACAAAGUCAUCGAGAUCACUCCGCCUCCUAAGAACCUCGGCGUCCGCUGCUUCCCUCCCAACCUGCAGUGUGGGGAGAGUGUGACGAUUGAAGGGCAAACAUACACGAUAUCGUCGGUCACUCAUCGGUACCAGCUUCGGAAGGGGAAGUACGAACCCAGCGAGAAGAGGCUUGAUGUUCUGUCCACAGGGAGAUACAUCUUGAACCUGUAUCUCGAAAAUUUGCUUGAACAAUCUUGACCAGCCGGCUAUCCAUCCAACCUAAUCCUCUUUGACCAUCUUAUUUAUCUUAGUGCUGCACAAAGCUCGUGAGGAACUUGUUUAAAGAUUGAACUCUCCCUAAGCAUUGUAAAUCUGCUAGCUUCAUUUGUAUCCAGUAGCAGCUGAGCACCACAGAGCAAUAUCUUGGCUAUCAGGCAAGGAAGGAGUUUGUUAAGGGCAAGUUUUGGUGGUGAGAGGUCUUGGCUGGCUGGCUGGCUGGCAAUGGAUGAUGGUGGGAUAAUGAGGGUCACUCUCGCUCCACGUGGUCAAAUCUAAGAACAGAGACAUGAACGAAUGGCUGAGAUGGCAGGAGGAUCAGUACAGGGAAUGGAAGGCACCCGUACUGUUUGAUGGGAAAAUGGCGGGAGGGACAUGAAACAACCACCAUAGAUGCUUGCCUAACCUCUGUCCUACACACUACAUUUGCUUUGCCCUGAGUGGGUCCAACCUUGAACACGAACCCUUCAAUCUUCAUCUUCAUCUCUAUUGAUGUUGAAGAUCGUAAUUGGAUUUGAUGAGAGUAGCAUGGUGGUAUAUUUAGUUAUGUACUUGUUUUAUUGGUUUUGGUUUAGAUUGGGUGAUUUGGCCACACGAGGAUAAUACAGGUCGUGACUCAAUCAAGUUACUAACCGUUUGAUGGUUGUAGGAAGAGGUCUAGAAAAGAGCACUUGCUCGAUAAAAUUUUAAAGGAAAGAGAUAGUU